UUUGCUCAAAGUGUAAAAGGUGAACAAGCUGUAAACAUUAACUUUGACAUUGUGAUCGAGAGUUUACUGCCAGUGACACCAGUGAGCUAGCCAAUAUGUUAACCUGUGCAAAAAUGGAUAACAACAAUCUGUCGCCAAACAUUGGGAUUACUACCGGAACGGGAAAUAACAACAACAGCAGCGAAAAUAUCUACAUCGAUAUUCCGACGCCACCGACUCGGAGUAUUUCGCCACUAUCGUCAGCUUCGCCAGGAAAGGAAAAAUCCUACGGGUUCUUUCAGAACAUUUAUCGUAAAAUCAGUUUGAAAUCGAGUGACGAAAUAAGCAACGCAACACGGGAUGACGAUUCACGAAGUUCUUCGGUGGAUUCCUGUUCUUCAAUCAGCGACCGACUGCAGGAUCCACCGAAACGGAGCUCGAAUCCUUGUGUGAAAUCGGUGGAUCAAAUUUUAACUCUAGAGCUGUCCAGCACUUCCAGUGAUUCUGUGAGCAAUUCUUCCCACGACGUCGAAAAGGCACUGAGAUCAUCGAGACGCUCAUCCGUCCGCAAGUUAAUUGAAAAUCUGUCCAUAACGACACCGAUCAGAUCCCGGUCGCUAUCCUGUAGCAGCACGUCGGUUCACAUUCUCAAUCAGAAGAGUCUCAAACAGAAAACAGAAUCCAAGACAUCGCUUUUCAGCAGCAACAGUUCGUCAGCACUACCGAACAACACGGUCAGCAAGCCUCCACCGAAGAAAAUUCUUCGUCGACCGGUCUCGUACACCUAUUUGCGAGGAAUCUCCGGAUUGCCCACACAACGAGUGCCCAGGUCGUCGAUUUGCUGUAGCUACUAUGGACGCUAGGUGCCAAAUGCUCUAGUGAAUUAAAUUCUGAACUGUACGCAAAUACAUCAUAUCAACACUAAGUAGAGGAAAAACCAAGCAAGACUUUUUCGCUGUAAGGAAACUAGAACAGCUGAACGAAUUUAGUGACUGACUUUUGUGUGUGUGAGUGAAAAUGCAUACCAAAGAUAGAAGUAACCUACGUUUAGAGAACUCGAUUGGCAUUCGGUACCUUUUGCAAACACAUUUUCGAUGAAUACUGAUUUUACGUCCGCCACUUUCUACUGUUGCGUUGAAUAGUCUGUACGUGUACAUAAAGUGACCCAAAUGGCACAUCCACACGUGACGAUGGGGAUACUAGUUUAAGCAUUUUGAUGUAAACCUAAACUGGAAAAUUAAAGUGCAAUUAUUCUUAAUUAGUUAAGCACCGAUGAGAAGCUGAAGCGACCAAAUUGUUUGAUAUGAAUAAUAGAUUAACCUGUUUGAAACACUAAGUGAUCUAAGCUUACCAAAUAGUAAUACUAUCGAUAAUAAACUUAACUCUAGUGUGUAUAUUCGAGUUGUAAGAUCGAAUCGAAGGAUUGCCACGAUAUUAUGCAUUAAGUAGUACUGAUACGAGCUACGCUAAGUAACACCAAAAUUUCUAAAAUGACGUUCAAUAGACUAGCGAAUAUUGGUAGUCGGAAGAUAUUGUUUCCGAUCCUGAUUGAACAAUUCUUAGUGUAGUUCUAGUUCAGUUGUAACCAUCUGCUACAGAUAAGGUAAUAACGUUAUGAUAAAAUGAGUAGUUCUCGUAGAGUUUGUUUCC